GGUACGGUUUUGUAGACUUUGAAAAUCCACAGGCAGCAGAAUUAGCAGUGCAAGCUUUACAGAAUCAAGGCAUUCAGGCACAGAUGGCCAAACAACAGGAGCAGGAUCCAACCAACCUGUACAUUGCCAAUCUUCCAGUCUAUUUCAUGGAGAAAAAUCUGGAAAAUAUGUUUAAAGAAUAUGGAACUGUAAUCUCCACAAGGAUACUCCGUAAACCAGAUGGAAUUAGCAGAGGAGUUGGAUUUGCCAGAAUGGAAUCUAAGGAGAAAUGUGACCAAAUUAUUAAUGCAUUUAACAACAAGAUGUUGCCAGGCAGUUCAGAACCUUUGUUAGUGAAGUUUGCUGAUAGUGGGAGCAAGAAGAAAGCUACACCUACAGUGCUGACACCACGGCUGUUCACACCAGGGAGGGACGAUGCAAGCAUCUCUGCCCUGCAGUUUGCAUAUGAGCAGCAAGCUUUAGCAGCUAAUUUAAAUGGCCAGUACAUCAAUUAUGGGGUCCCCACUCAAGCCCUCAUGCCUGCAGGACUCAUGCCUAGGGGAUAUACAUCAAUGGCUGCAUCAUCACCUAUGACAACCUACCAAAUGUCCCCCAACCCAGCAACCACAGGUUGGAUGCCCCAGUACUUGCUUCAGCCUCAUCAGUUGUCACAUAUACUACCAACUACAGCUCUCCACCAUGAUGUGUCUGCCAUGCUGGAUCCUAAUGGUCUGAUGUAG